ACCCUUUGUAAGCGAGUAUCUGUACCAGAAUUUCUCCUGGGGAUCAGUGAAGGAUUCUGAUUCUGGUAGUGGGUCAAAAUAAGGUAAAUGUACUCGUUACUUUCCCUCUGAUUAUAACUACAGUACCACACUUUGGACCAACUGUCUUUAAUGAAACUUGUAUUAUUUAUUUAAAAAGGUCCUCGCUGAUUUAUUCUGAAAACCCUGACCGGAAGUGUUUGUGUCAUUGCCGCGUGCGGUCUUGACGCUGGCGGUGUAGUCCGGGUCCUGGUCGUGUUGGAGCCGCUUCGUGUCUUCGCUGCGGCGGAGAAAUAAGAUGCGGAGCAGCAGCAGCGGAACCGGAGCCCGUGACCCGGAUCAGACCAGAACCAGUACCGGAGCCAGGCUCGCUGAACCCUCCGGCCCGGCUCGGCCCGCAGACGGCAUGACGGCAGCGGCCGCGGAGGAGAGCGCGACACAGAGAGGCUCCAGCCGCUGAGAGACGCAGCUAGCCGGGCAGCUAACGGCGCGAUGGCCGCGGAGGGAAGCGGCACGAUCCGCAGCCGCAUCAAGAACCUGCUGCGCUCCCCGUCCAUCAAACUGCGCAGGCGGAGCGGCGCCGCGCGGCACAAAGAGGACCUCAGCGACAAGGUGACCUUGGAGAAGGUUCUGGGUAUCACAGCUCCAGGGAACCGAGCGUUGGCCUGCGACCCCCGGACCGGACUGCUGGCGUAUCCUGCCGGGUGUGUCGUCGUCCUGUUGAAUCCUCGGAAGAACAAACAGCAUCACAUCUUCAACAGCUCCAGGAAGGCGAUCACCACGUUAGCGUUUUCUCCCGAUGGGAAAUAUGUCGUCACAGGAGAGAGCGGUCACAUGCCGGCGGUUCGAGUCUGGGAGGUGUCUGAGCGUGUGCAGGUGGCGGAGCUGCAGGAACAUAAAUAUGGCGUUGCCUGUGUGGCGUUCUCUCCCAACGGGAAGUACAUCGUCAGCGUGGGCUACCAGCACGACAUGAUGGUCAACGUCUGGAACUGGAAGAAAAACGUGGUGGUUGCAGCCAACAAGGUGUCCAGUAAAGUGACCGCCGUCUCCUUCUCGGACGACAGCUCGUACUUUGUUACCGCCGGCAACCGCCACGUCAAGUUCUGGUACCUGGACCACUCCAAGACCUCCAAGGUGAACGCCACCGUCCCUCUGCUGGGGCGUUCAGGGCUGCUGGGAGAGCUCAGGAAUAACUUCUUCAGCGAUGUGGCGUGCGGGCGCGGUCGACAGGCCGCCUCCACCUUCUGCAUCACCUCCUCCGGUCUGCUGUGCGAGUUCAACGACCGGCGACUCCUCGACAAGUGGGUGGAGCUGCGGAGAGUCGACUCCGCCUCCACGUCUCAGGCCACCUGUCUGACCGUCACAGACGAGUUGAUCUUCUGCGGUUGUUCUGAUGGGACGGUCCGGGCCUUCAGCCCCGUCAGCCUGCACUUCCUGUGCACCCUGCCUCGCCCACACAGUCUGGGAGCCGACAUCUCCUGUAUGGUAGACGCCAGUCAGCUGUUCUCCUGCCAGCCUGAGGCUCGUUACCCGGACACGGUGGCGGUGACCUACGACCCGACCAACCGCUGGCUGUCGUGCGUCUACAACGACCACAGUGUUUAUGUGUGGGACGUCAGAGACCUCCGAGACCCCCGCAGGGCGGGAAAGCUGUACUCCGCCCUGUACCACUCCUCCUGUGUGUGGAGCCUGGAGGUGUACCCAGAGGGGGGAGGAGCAGGAGGAGGAGGAGGAGGAGCAGGAGGAGGCAGCGAGGUGCGCCUCGCACCCGGGUCGUUCCUGUCCUGCUCCUCAGACAACACCAUCCGACUGUGGAACAUUGACAGCAACGUCCAGAACAGGAACAUCCUGAGCCACGACCUACAGAAGGUCAUUUACGUGGACGACAACAUAAGCAGCCUCAUGGACACUGAGAGCGGUGUCGUCACAGGUGGCAACACUGAGAAGGCGGGGUCAUCGGGCUCAGAGGGGCAGCAGACUGACACAAGCAGAGCGGGCAUUAGGACCCUGAGGGUCAGUCCGGAUGGACAGCACCUGGCCUCUGGAGACCGCAUAGGAGUCCUCAGGAUCCAUGAUCUGGACAGUAUGGAGGAGAUCAUGAACGUUCAGGCUCACGACUCAGAGAUCCUCUGCCUCGAGUUCUCCAAACCUGAUACAGGUCUCCAGUUAUUAGCCACGGCCAGUCGGGAUCGUCUGAUCCACGUCCUGGAUGCAGGCAGAGAGUACAGUCUGGUUCAGACUCUGGAUGAACACUCGUCAUCCAUCACUGCCGUCCGAUUCGCUGCCAAUGAGGGAAAGGUGAGGAUGAUCAGCUGUGGAGCCGAUAAGAGCGUCUACUUCCGCACCGCUCAGCAGAUGGAGGAGGGCUUAGAAUUCACUCGGACUCAUCACGUGGUGAGGAAGACGACGCUGUACGACAUGGACGUCGAACCAACCAGGAAGUACGCAGCAGUGGGCUGUCAGGACCGCAGCAUCAGGAUCUUUAACAUCAGCAAUGGGAAACAGAAGAAGCUGUAUAAAGGCUCUCAGGGCGAGGAUGGGACUCUCAUUAAGGUGCAGAUCGACCCCUCAGGUCUCUACAUCGCCACCUCCUGCUCAGACAAGAACAUCAGUAUAUUUGACUUCUACUCCGGAGAGUGUGUGGCCACCAUGUUCGGACACUCGGAGAUUGUCACGGGUCUGAAGUUCAGCAGCGACUGCAGACAUCUGAUCACAGUCUCUGGAGACAGCUGUAUCUUCGUGUGGCGUCUCAGUCCAGAGUUGACCAUCAGGAUGAGGCAGCGACUCGCUGACCUCCGACCUCCCAGCAGCACUCAGAACUCCCAAAAUGCACCUCAGCAAAAAGUGGUAAACCUCAGCAGCAGCGAGGCGUCGUCUGCUCGUGUCGUCACCAUGUCGUCUGACAGCGACAAGGAGGAGGAGGAGGAGGAGGAGGAAGAGGCGCUCCGCUGUCCUUAUACGGUCACAGCAGGAAGACUGGAGGAGGAGACAGAAACGUCUGAUGAGAAGUUGGACUCUCAGGACUCUCAGAGCGGCAGAGACAGCAGGAAGGAGGUUCUGGGGGGUCGACUCCCUCGCCGUCGCUGGUCCAGGAGGACGGGCAGCGCGGACGGUGUCCUGAUGGUCAAGUCCAUGUUGGACCUGAGACUGCUGGACUCGUUCUCCCCCGACAGACCGGAGGAGCAGCAGGCGGAGCAAGAGGAGGUGAAGACACGCCCCCCUGAGGUUAGCACCUCCCCCUGCAGCCAGAUGAAGAGGGGCCAAGACGUAGAGGCGGGGCUUCACAGGCCCUAUCGGGAGCUGGGGAGCACCGUGAGUCUGCAGGUCACCACUGCAUGGGCGGAGGACGAGGAGGCGAGGACCAAUCAGAGGCCAGACUUCAUCCGGCUUUCCAAUCAGAGCCUAGACAGGGAGAAUCUGGUGCUAUAUCCUGACCAAUGGGAGGACAGCGUGAGCCUGGCAGGAAGUGAGUUCCAGGUGAAGGAGGCGUGUCCUGCUGCAGCAGGUGGACGGCGUGACAAACCCAGUCCAGACAGCGGAUGCUCACUGGGAUUCAGCUCCAGACUGUCCAGUCCAGUCAGACCUGCAGGAGACGACUCUGAGCCCACAGAGCCUUUCAGCACAGAUGGAAACUCCUCUGAGCUGGAGGAGGAUGAAGAGGAGGAGGAGGAGGAGGAGGAGGAGGAGGAGGAGGUCAGGGCCCCUCAGCUCGUCCCUCAGACUCCAGACCAGGAAGCUUUCCUGAAGGAACACUUUGUGACCCUGGCCGACCUCUCAGGGAGUCCGAGCCGAGCGUCGCACAGUUCCAGCGAGAGUCUCAGCAUCUCCUCCAGGUUCCUCUCCCAGAAUUCAGCUGGAAGUCGGACUGUGCUUCCUCUCCUCUCGGACCACCGGGGGGGAGGAGAGGUGAAGGCCCAUCCUCGGGUCUCAGAGGUCCGACCUCUGAUGGAGCAGAACCAGAACCGGACCCAGGACAAGAGGGUGUCAUGGAACCAUGACCAAAUCCAAAAACCUAUCCAGGAUCAGAUCCCCCCACUUCAAGAUCAGGUACAGUUCCAGAACGGAACAAACCAGGACCAAACACGGCUUCCUCAGGUGGGGAACCAGAUCCAGCAGGGUACAGAUCAGCUGCAGAGCCGGGUGGAGGAGGAGACCUCCUCAAUCCAGCACCGGCCAUCCCCUCUUAAGAAGAAGGUCCAAACUGUGGUGGAGUCCAGGAGGAACCUGGGCCCGACAGCCCGGGCUGCCGCCUCCCAUCUGAACUCCUCCUCCGGACUGCGGAAGGCUCAGUCAGUCCAGAACCUGCUGAGCGACGCAGGUGAGUCCUCUCGUCUGUCCAGGGAGGUCCCCCCUCAGCAGCUCCUCCCCCCACAACGUCCCACCACCCUCCCCUCCUCCCCCAGACGCCCCCCAUCCACAGCCCCGCCUCCCCAGAGACCAAGCCCCGCCUCUCCCCGGUCCCCCCUGCAGGAAACAGCCGCCGCUCCGCCUGCUCUCAGCACCCCGAGGAAGUCUUCGUCGUCCUCCUCUUCCACGCCGGCGGUGCCUCGGUCCUACAUGAGCCCCACCGCCAGCUCCAUGGCCAAGAUGUCCCGCUCCGUCUCUGUGGGCGACGGCCUCAACAUCUCCGACCCCGAGGAUCCCGCAGUGACAUCAUCGGCGGCAACAGAAAACUCCUCCUCUCAGGUCAAAGAGACUCCGCCUCCUCUUGUUGCUGUGGUGCCCUCCAACGCAGCUCUGGCCACGCCCCCCCACGUUGCUGUUGUCCCCGUUGUGGUCGCCUCCUCCUCCAGUCUGGGUAACCAGGUGGCCCCUCCCCCCCGUCUCCAGGCUCGGGUCCCCUGCAGCAGCAGGCCGCUGCCCGACAAGCCCUCCCUCGCCUCCUUCUCACCAUCCACCUCCUCGUCUUCCUCUUCGCGGCCUCCUCCGGUCUCCAUCUCCCCCGUAACUCCCGCCCGGCAGGGGGAGGAGCCUCAGACUCCUGCAGGUGGCAGCGGCGAGGAGCAGAGAGGCGACGCAGACCAGCCAAUCAGUGUGGAGACCUGCAGAGCUCUGACCAAUGAGCUGCAGAGCUGCUUCAAGAGGGCGACACACCUGUACAGGAAGGUGAGCGGCUCCUCCGCCGAAGACUCCGCCCCCGACCAGCGUCAGAUGGCUGUCGUCCUAUCAGAGGCCUUCCAGGCAAUGAGGGCGGAGCUGGACUGUCUGCCGCUGGGCGCGCCGAGCCUGCUGCGAGUGGAGGGGGGGCUGGGAGGGGUGGGGGAGGUGAAGACGGCGGCUCUGCUGGAGGAGUACUCUCUGCUGCUGCUGCAGGCCGUUCACAGGAGGAUCAGUACCCACAAUGCCGAGUGACUGAACGCUCUUCAUCUCCCUCCUCCUCACAGAUGAAGGAUCUGAAGCCAUUUUGAUUUUCUCUGGACUUUUAUUCCUUUGUUAUGCAAGAAUCCCUCGUCUUAAAGGAACGGCGCGUCGAAUCGUCCGACCGACGUCUGAAGUUUUUAAAGACAUUUUUCCGACUGACUCGUGGGUGUUUUUCCUUUUUCAUUCCCGCCGUUCGUUUGGAGGGAACCACAACGAUUGAACGGGUUAUUGAUUACUGUUAUAGAAACCCUGAUGUUAGCGUGUAGAGAGUUUUUACAGGAGCAGCAUGAACGUUACAGACUGCAGGUGUGACUUUACUUUCUGUUUGUAUUUAUUCUGUCAGACUACUGAACGCCUGAACUUUACACACUGACUGUCAUGUUUUUCUAAAAUCAUGGAUUUAAAGUCAUUUUUAACUAACCGAUGUACAUUUUAUAUUGUGGGAGAAUCACUUGAAGGGGCUGGCUGGGUUUAACUUUGGGGUUCGGUUGUUUCUACAGUUUGUUUUAACUUUCUCACAAAGUUCAGUUUGAAAUGUUUCCUGUUUUUUGUCAAUCUGUAAUAAAAGUUUGAGACUUACUUUGA